AAGAGUUACAUACACAAUUUCAAGCAGUCCCGUUCUUAUCCCUUGUUACAAUAACCUGCAACUCUUGAAGACUCUUCGUUUGGGAACUCAAUGGAAGCUCCUUCUUCUCAAUUCCUUAUCCAAUUUCCAGGCGCGUUCAGAUCUCCAAGUUGCAUGCACAAUGAGCAAUCAAAGAUUUUUGUGGCUAAGAACUUGGGUAACAGAUUCCCUUCCCUGAUAGUCAAAAAGUUGCCAAGAAGGUCGCUUUUGCAGUUUCUGGGAUUCAAUUCUGUCCUACUAAAUUCUUGUCCUGUUCUGGCCGCACCAAUGCAAGAGAUGAAGGAACCUGAAGUAAUUCGGACCCAGAAGCUUGGUAAUGGAGUGAGGAUACAAGAUAUUGUUGAAGGGGAAGGACCAGAGGCUCGUGAAGGAGAUUUGGUUGAAGUUAAUUAUGUUUGCCGGCGGUCAAAUGGAUAUUUUGUGCAUAGCACUGUGGAUCAAUUCAGUGGAGAAAGCAGUCCCAUUGUACUUCCUCUUGAUGAGAAGCAGAUAAUAAAGGGCCUGAAGGAUGUACUUAUUGGCAUGAAGGUUGGAGGGAAGAGAAGAGCAUUGAUACCUCCUUCGGUGGGAUACAUUAAUGAGAACCUAAGCCCAAUCCCUGAUGAGUUCGGCCCUCGACGUAGCCUUUUGUCCCAUGCAAAGGAGCCAUUGAUAUUUGAAGUGCAGCUCUUGAAAGUUUUAUGAUUUCAUCUUUGUUAUAUAUUGUCUACUCAGAGUUUGCUUAAAUACCCAGAUUUAUUUGCACCUUUGUGUUUUCGGUCUCAUAGAUUACUUUGGAUGCUAAGAUUCUUUAUUUAGAUUUAGAAUUCCUACCUAUUGCUGGUGGAAACAUAUGUAUCUAGUUGGUGUGCAAAUACAUUUGUCUAUGAAUUUGGAAUCGACUGUAUUAUAAUGAAAUAUAUAUUCGUCAAAGGAAGCAGAAAAUGAUACAAGAUUUCCAUAAA